UGUUCACACGAUGAAGAUGAAUUUUCAGUUUAAUUAUAUCGCGUUGUAUGGACUAAUUGUUGCUAUAAAUUUGAUUUGUUCCGUUUUAUGUGAUGAAUCGAUUGAUUCUGAAACAAUUGGACUGUUUAGAAUCGACGGGAAAGUAGAUUUAGUUUCAUACAGAGACAAGGACUGGAUGAUGCAAACCCGGGUGAUGGUUGACGGUGGAAAUUACGUUGGAUUGUUGAGGUCGGAUGGUUCCUUUACUAUCAACGGAGUUCCAUCAGGAUCCUAUGUUGUUGAAGUUUCACAUCCAAAUUUCAUAUUUGAUGCAGCAAGAGUUGAUAUUACAUCUAAAGGCAAAAUGAGAGCAAGAAGAGUUAACUAUCUGCAGCCAUCUCUUGUGAAGAAUAUACAAUACCCAUUGGAAAUUAAGGAAAGAAUGAAAGCAAAUUAUUUCCAAACAAGAGAACAGUGGAGAUUUCAAGACUUUUUGAUGAACCCAAUGGUACUAACCAUGGUGUUACCACUGUUUUUAAUUAUGGUUUUACCAAAGAUGAUGAAUGCAGCUGACCCAGGUGCACAAAAGGAAAUGCAGAACCAGAUGAAAGCCUUAAAUGACAAGUCCAGUAUGCCUGAUAUUUCGGAAAUGUUAGCUGGAUGGCUUGGUGGCGCCGACAACAAGAAAACAUCCAAAACAAAAGCAACAAAACGAAGAUCUUAACAAUCAAAGGGUUACAUUACUCAUUAACAGGAUUCCAGAACUUUUAAGUCUUAUUUGUGCAUCAAAACUGUUUAUCAAUAAGUUUUUAGAAAUUUAUUGAAAUUUACCUUGGAAUUUUCCUUUAAAAUUAAUAGUAAUAAUUAGAAUGUGUUUCCUUCUUUUACUACUAUGUAAUAGAGCUCUCUCCCUCCCCCCCCC